GUGAGGUGCCGCUGAAGUUCGCUAACGCUGGACCCUGCAGCUUGUUUUGGCUCCUUGACUCCUCAGGAAGGACGAAAGAGACGGAUCCUGCAAACCUGGCGAGGAUGGAAGGGGGAAGGUGGACGGUUGACCUGGUGAGGUUGUCUCCUGCAUCCCUCCCCACAACCUCUGAGCGUUCCCUCCCAGGGACCUCCGAGAGAUCUGAUGGUGAUGAAUUGGAAGGGAAGAACAAGGGGGACCACAACAGAAUCCAAAUAGUGGAGAAGUCAUAUAAAUGUUCAGAGUGUGGAGAGAACAUCCGUCAGAGCUACCACUCCACCUCACAUCAAGGAAAGAGCUUUGUUCGGAGGGAUAGAAUCUCUUCACAUGCAAGAGCUAACAGCGGAGAGAAACUGUAUCAGUGCAGAGAAUGUGGGAAGAGCUUCAAUCACCGUCAGAAUCUCACUAGCCAUCAAAGAAUUCAUACAGGGGAGAAACCCUAUGAAUGCUUCGAAUGUGGAAAGAGCUUUCGUCUGAGUGCUGAUCUCACUUCCCAUCACAGAAUUCAUACAGGGGAGAAACCCUAUCAGUGCUUGGAAUGUGGAAAGAGCUUCAGUCAAGCCUCAAAUCUCAAGACCCAUCAAAGAAUUCAUGCAGGGGAGAAACCCUAUCAGUGCUUGGAAUGUGGAAAGAGCUUCAGUCAAGCCUCAAAUCUCAAGACCCAUCAAAGAAUUCAUACAGGGGAGAAACCCUAUCAGUGCUUGGAAUGUGGAAAGAGCUUUUGUCUGAGCGCUGAUCUCACUUCCCAUCAAAAAAUUCAUACAGGAGAGAAACCUUAUCAGUGCUUUGAAUGUGGAAAGAGCUUCAGUCACAGCCACCAUCUCAAGACCCAUCAAAGAAUUCAUGCAGGGGAGAAACCCUAUCAGUGCUUGGAAUGUGGAAAGAGUUUCAGCUCAUCUCUCACUUCCCAUCACAGAAUUCAUACAGGGAAGAAACCUUAUCAUUGCUUCGAAUGUGGAAAGAGCUUCAGUCAGAGCAGCAAUCUCACUUCCCAUCAAAGAAUUCAUACAGGGGAGAAACCCUAUCAGUGCUUCGAAUGUGGAAAGAGCUUCACUAAUAGCUCCGAUCUCACGUCCCAUUACAGAAAUCAUAUAGGGGAGAAACCUUAUCAGUGCUUGGCAUGUGGAAAGAGCUUCAGUCAGAGCAGCAAUCUCACUUCCCAUCAAAGAAUUCAUACAGGGGAGAAACCCUAUGAAUGCUUUGAAUGUGGAAAGAGCUUCAGUCACAGGCAGAGUCUCACUUCCCAUCAAAGAAUUCAUACAGCGGAGAAACCGUAUCAGUGCUUGGAAUGUGGAAAGAGCUUCAGUUGCAGCUCAUCUCUCACUUCCCAUCACAGAAUUCAUACAGGGGACAAACCCUAUCAGUGCUUGGAAUGUGGAAAGAGCUUCAGUCAGAGCAGCAAUCUCACUUCCCAUCAAAGAAUUCAUACAGGGGAGAAACCUUAUCAGUGCUUGGAAUGUGGAAAGAGCUUUAGUCGCAGCCACCAUCUGACUUCCCAUCAAAGCAUUCAUCACAAAACCCACUGAGCGUCUCCACCCCCAUCGUUCUGCCCGGACACUGAGGUCCAGUACCGAGGGCCUUCUAGCGGUUCCCUCGUUGCGAGAAGCCAGGUUGCAGGGAACCAGGCAGAGGGCCUUCUCGGUGGUGGCGCCUGUUGUGUAUUAAAGUAAUAGCACAGCCAAGUAUGUAUUGUAAUAUAAUAUACAGUAUAGAGUUUAUUGUAUUGUAUUGCAGAGUUUAUUUGAAUGCAUAAGUUCCAGCAGGAACGUAUAUCAUUUGCUGGUUCAGAGUGCAGGAUUUGGAUCCGCUGCUGGAUUGGUUUCUGCUGGAGGGAAUCCUUGCCAUUGGUUCCUGCCAAAAUGUAUCUUUUCCCUGCUAGUUCUCUGUUACUAUAUAAGUCCCAGUUUUCCCCAUUCCCUGUGUUCUGGCUCUUACUUGUUCUUUGAAGUAAAGAGAUGUUGUACCAGAUCCUCGCCUCCUGCUUCUUAUUUGCACUGAGCUGAAAUCACUGAAGACCCACUACACAACAGCGCCCGCCCUGUGGAACGCCCUCCCAUCAGAUGUCAAAGAAAAAAACAGCUACCAGAUUUUUAGAAGACAUCUGAAGGCAGCCUUGUU